AUGAACAACAACAACGAUGAAAAAGAAUAUAGUAAGUUUAAUCCCAUUGAAAUCCCUGAUUCGAAUUGUAAAUAUUUUCAGUUCUUACAAAUCUUCGAAGAAUCGAUAGUCUAAAUCUUGAAGAGAAACGGAUAGAACUCGAAAAGUUUCUGUUUAGUCGAAAUGGCGAAUUGAUAAAAUAUUAUCGCGAUUUCUUAUGGAAAAUCGUUAUAUCAAUUAUGAAAUCGUCGACAGACAAUGUGUUGUUCUUUUUAACACUUUGUCGUACAGAACAAUUCAGCUACUUUGACAAUAUAUCAAAUCUUAUUACUAUACCUCGACAAAAUCUGAAGAUUGAAGAUAUAUUUGAAAUCCACGAACAUGUUGAUCACAUAUACCGUGCCAAAAUCCAGGCAUUUGUGAGUUGGAGUAUAUCUAUAGGAAAAAUCGUUUUUAAUUUUUUGCAGCUCUUCGAUAAAAUGUCGGAUAAUGAAAGAGAAAAAUAUAGACAACUUCAUUACUGCAGUGCAGAAUCAUUUGAAGAAGGAAAGAAAGAAAUUGUUAGAGCGAAAACUGAGAGGUUUUUGGAAAAUGACAUUGAGAAAGAGGAAGUUUUCGAGAUUUUGCAUGCUGUUUCAUAUGUUUUGAACAAUCGGGAAUUUAUUAGAUUGAUGUUCAGAAAAAUCGAUUAUAUUUUUGAUGUUGAUGCGGUUUUUGCGUUCAGAUAUGCAAUGGUGAGUAUUCAAAAAACUGGCGAAGCUAAAUUUUCUAAAUUUUCUUGUUUUUCAGACUUUGAUGCGAUUCAGUCACGAUGAACAUAAUCGAACCAAUGAUGAAAAUAUUGUAAAACCAAUCGAAAAAUAUCUAAAAAUUGAAUUAUUAAAACAAUAUCCGGAGUUUGAGAAGCUUCUUCUUGCGCUGAAUCUUGCUUUCAAUUUGAUCGAUUUUGAAUAUUUCGAUUGUUCUCAAUUAAUAAAAGGAAUCGAUAAUAUUGAAUAUGUGUUAGAAGAAAGGAAGAAUGAAAUGACAACAAUUUUGUCAGAUCAGCUGAAAAAGUUGAGAAAGAAAAUGGUACCCGAAAAAGAUUGUAGAUUUGUGCCUAAAAUUGUUUGCGAUGAGGAUGAAGCGAUUGAAAUUCUUGAUAAAAAUGGGAUAAUUUCGUGUGAGUUUUAUUGAGAUAAAUCGGGUUAUGUAUUCGGUUUUUUCCAGUUGAUCACCUAAUAAUCGAUACGAAGGAUCCUUAUCAACGAUUGCAAGAUAUUAAAGAAUUGAAAUCUCAUUCAGAUUCACAUUAUCAUAUUAAAUUACAUGUGAAAAUUUUGGAAUGUUUUGUUGAGAUUCUCGAUCAAAAAAGAGAUGAUAUUUCUGAAUUGAGAAAAUAUUUGAAUGAUUUCAAGUUUAAUAAUUUCAAAGUUUUCAAAAGUUGGGCGGCGCAGUUUGAUGAUUUCAAAUAUUUGGAAAUUAUUGCCAAAUUUAUGAUUAUGGAAGACUAUGAAAUAAAUAGGAAUUUGAGCGAUGUUGUAGAUGUUGCAGCGAUUUUCCUUGGAAAAAUUAAAUAUUUCGAUAUGGAUGCGAUAAGAUAUUUUAUGAAUAUUUUUGGAUCAUUGAAAUCCAAAGUUUUGUAUGCAGCUGCAGAUCAAUUUGUUGAGGAUCAAAUAGCGAAUGAUGAUUGGAGUAGAGGAAGUGUUGAGGAAUUUCAUGAGUGUCUCGAAAAAUGGUCGAUAUUUUUGGAAAGAGAACAAUUUGUAUUGUUGUUAUUGAUUAAAAUAAGACUUCUAUCGGAACCAAAUUCGGAUGUAAGAAUACGAUAUGCAUUGGUGAGGUGGCUGGAAUUAAAAAAAAUAUUUUUAGCCCAAGAUUUAUAUUCCAGACAUUGGCUCAAUGUGGUUAUGAUCAAAACAACAAAAAUCAAUCGGAUCCUACUGAAAAUGAACAAAAUGCUGAAGUGUUCAAGGAAAUCUAUAAAUAUCUGGAAUCGGAACUCAAUUCACCAUCCAGAAGUCGAAUCAGUAUUGAACUCGCUGUUCAGAUAUUCAAGAAUUUUGUAAAAGUCGAUCCUGAUUCUUGGUUGGAUAUUGAUCAUGCUGGAGUGGCACAAGAAUUGCAGAAUUAUAGUAAAGAACUCGACUUUGAUGAUAUUCAUGAACUAUACUUUAAUAUUAAUUUGUAGUGAGUUGAAUUUCAUCAUUUUUCUCUUAUUUUUUAUUUUCCAGCCAAAAAAUCGUGGAUUUGUUCAAAACAAAUCAAGUAAAUUGUAACCAACCGUCAUUCGGAUCAGUGUAUGAAAUUGUGAGUAAAGAGAGAGUCGAAAAUUUUAGAAGAUCAAAAGAACGAAAUUCAUAUUUCACUGAGAUUUUCUAA